CUUCCCAGUACUGAUAUGUGUUUCUGUGAAUAUUGACAUUACUCCUAUAAAUAAAGCGGUUUGAUACAAAUCUCAUUUAAAUCGCGAUUACAGUUCCAAGAUGAAGUCGACUUUAACAUGUUUUGUGGCUGUCCUCAGUAUUUAUUUCAUUGAAGCUGAUAAGUUCCGUUGCGACUACGUGUACAUCUACACAGGAGGCGGCUGGUUUAAAUUUCACGAUGAAGAGAAGACUUAUGAUGAUGCCAGGACUGUCUGUCAGCUGGAAGGAGCUGUGCUAGCAUGGCCGAAAGACAGAGGGAUGAAUGAAACGAUGUUAUACUUACUCGCUCAAUCCGACGCAGCGGCCAUUCUUAUUGAAAAAUAUUCCCAAGAUGAGAAUGAUACAACCGAAGACGAACACCAGGUGAUGUUGCGAGACGGUUCUGAAGAACCAGUGUUCAAGAAUUCGAUGUAUCCUUAUAUCUGCUACAAGGACGCAGGACCGUCUGUAACACUCAACGAAUGUGGUACCCUUGAUGAUGCCUACGCUUUGGACAACAGAACGGGUAGCUGUUACAAAUACCACCAAGUCUUCUCGACGUGGGAUGAGGCCCUGUUCACAUGCUCGGUUGAAGGCGGUUACCUGGCCGUCAUCAACAGCGGCGUGGAAGCUCAGGCCAUUCGCGACAUCUUCGCAAGGAACCCAAAGAGCACGGACCCCGCAGAGUCUUGGAAGGAUGGAGCCUUCAUCGGGUUCAGAUUAAAAGCGGCCGACAUCUGGUACACAGUCACUGGCCAGCCGUUGAAGGAUGCCGGGUACGACAUUUUCUCGCCAGGUGAGCCGAAUAACGCUAGAGGUGAUGAAUAUUGUGGCUCGGUCGCUCGCAAUGGCAAACUUGUUGAUGACCCUUGCGAUCGCACGCUACCUUUCAUAUGCGAGAAGAGGCCAGAUAGAACUUGCACAAUUACAGAUGCAUUCCAGUCUCCUGAUAUGCCACAUUACGUCUACGUUCGCCGCCGCCAAAGUUCAACAAAUAAAAAUAAUGAAUAUGAAAUUGUUGAUUCAAAAAACGUAAUACUAAAUUCAGUGUCAUCGCAAUACCACCUUAUAGAUAAUUAUUAGUAAGCGAAGAUAGAAAAAGAAGUAAGAGAAGAAAGUGAGAAGAAGUUUGUGUUUUGCCAUUUCUAAUUUAGAUGUCUUAGCUUGUGUAAAAGGGGACGCUGAAUUAAAUACCAAAUAGUUUUA